AAGGACAUCGCCGUCUUUAUAGUCGGGGCCACUACUACUUCAAACCUCGUCGUCGACUCCGAAGCUCGAAAGGCGGCACUUACGUCCUCUUCGGAUAUUAAGUUCAGAGACGGCUCAGAGAAUCUUCAAUUGGAAUUCAGUUGGUUCUUUGACUUCAACGAGGACGGGUCCAAGGUCACGAAGGUUAUCGAGUUCUGCGACAAGGAUUCAGUGAUGCUCAUGCAUAGCAAGAUCAGUGCGAACGAAUCACACGUCCUAGAUGCUAAGGCGUGA